UAGAAGUCCGCCCCAAACAAAAAUCGAAAUCAAGCAAAACAAACAAGUUUACAUUAAUAUUUAUAAGCUUAUCGAUUAAAUUGUUGCAGUUUCUCUAUAAAACUCGUUAAAAUGAGUUCGGUUUCAAACAUGAAUUGCAGCGGCUGUAUGAAUUCUGAUCGUAAAAUCAAAUGCAUUAGUGCCGCAAAGGAGAAGGAAUGCUUCUUUGAAAUCAUCCGAAAUAUUCCAAUGUAUGUCCCGGACGAUUUUUCGCUGUAUUUGUGCUGGGAGUGCACAGCGGAAUUGUAUCGAUAUUCAAGAUUCAAGGAACGAGUUACUUACUGUUACAAGCUAUUACAUAGUCUUAAAGACGAAGUAAGUGAAAACUGCAAACCUCAAUCGAGUUUGAGUAGACAGGAUCUAUUCAAUGUAGAUUAUGAUCCAGAUAAAGGUUUAAAAUGUUUUGAAGUUAUAAAAGUAGAACAACAUAAGCAAAAAGAAGAUGAAAUUAAAAUAGAAGAUGAUUAUUAUUCAAAUGAUGAAAUACCUCUAAUUGAAAUGAAAAAGAAGAAAGUUACAAAUGGUCAUACUAAAGUUGCCAAGAAAAUGAAAAAAAAGAAAGUUGCAAAUGGUCACACUGAAGUAAAGAAUAUAGUGGAAUGUGUAGAAAUAGAACUAAAUGCUGAGGAAUUACAAGAAGAAAGAAAAAGAUUACAGAAAGAAGAAGAUUAUGUUAAUGCUAUGUUUAGAUGUGAGAAAUGCAUUGUAACAUUUCCUAAUUCUGAUGACUUAAAAGAUCAUAUUCAUUUAAAACAUGAUAAGCAUGCUGCUCUGUUCAAAUGCAACAUAUGCGAGUGCUCGUUCAAAUAUAAUGUAUCAUUCAACUACCACAUGACUAGACAUACGAGGAGGUUCCAGUGCACCGCCUGCAGCGACAGGUUCAUCACCAAGAGUACUGCUAUCCAUCAUUAUAAUUCGGUGCACUGUCUGGGCACAGAAACAGACAUCCAUUUCGAAAAACCUCUAGAUACUGUUUCACCAGAAGGAACUGAAUACCAAAGUAAGUCAGCGAGUUUCCCGUGCGAGUUCUGUCCGAAGGUGUUUCAAUGGCGGACGUCGCUGCGCAAACACUACGAGACGCACCGCAUACAGAACGGACAGAAGCGGAAACCGUACUGCGAAGUUUGCCAAUUGUCGUUCACGUCUUCGGGGAAUCUACAGAAGCACGUGAAAUGCAGCUCCAAGCAUCAGAUACAACUAAAACUACGGAAACUAAAAGAAAAUGGCGAGGCGGCGACUCCGUCUGACCGCAGCGAGAUGGCGCGCGCGGCGCAGCGGUACGCGUGCCCGCAGUGCGGCGCGCGCUACCAGUGGCGGGGGAACCUCAUGCGGCACAUCAGGAGCCAUCAGGCCAAGGCGGCGGGUGCGCUGGAGUGCGAGCCGUGCGGGCGCAGCUUCUCGUCCGUCGCCACGUACCGCCAGCACAUGACAAUCUCCAAGAAACACGUCAGCGAGGAAGACUUCAAGUUCAUGUGCAGUCAGUGCGGCCGACGGUUCGUGAACCGCACGCGGCUCCGCGACCACAUCAAUUGGGACCACCUCAAGAACUACACGCACACUUGCAACACCUGCCAGAAGGUGUUCAAGAGCCACACGUCGCUGUACCUGCACGAGCAGGUGGUGCACCGCAAGCAGCCCGACCACCUGUGCGACCACUGCGGCAGGCCCUUCCCGAACCAAGCGAAACUCCGCAGUCACGUGUUGGCGCGGCACAGCGGCGCGGCGGCGUACGAGUGUGCCGACUGCGGCGCGCGCUUCGCCUGGCAGUCAUGUCUUUCGCGACACGUGCGGCGAUCGCAUAAGCACAACGCAAAAGACGCAACGGUUGAUACAACGCACGCAACGGUUACGCUCGGUACGCAUGCGCACGCACAUGAGCAAUGACGCGGACACGAACAACGAGCGCACCGCAAACACGACGACGCAAAAGACGCAACUGUCGACGCAACAAUCACGCUCGGUACACACGCGCACGCACAUGAGCAAUGACGUGGACACGGACAGCGAGCGCACAAACAAUGCAAAAGACGCUACAUUUUAUUCAACGCAUGUUACGCAUACGCACGUAACGCACGCAGUGGUCACGCACAAUAUGAGCAGUGACGCGGACGCGAACAGCGAGCGCACCGCAAACACUACGACGCAAAAAACGCAACUGUAAACGCAACAAUCAUGCUCGAUACACAUGCGCACGCACAUGAGCAAUGACGUGGACACGGACAGCGAGCGCACAAACACAAUGCAAAAGACGCUACAUUUUAUUCAACGCACGUAACGCACGCAGCGGUCACGUACGCGCACACAUAAUAUGAGCAAUGACGUGGACACGAACAGCGAGCGCACCGCAAACACGACGAGACGCAAAAGACGCAACUGUAAACGCAACAAUCACGCUCGAUACACACGCGCACGCUCAUGAAUAACGACUCGGACGCUCCGUGCGUGUGUAUUGCGUAUAUGUCGAUAUAGCUUUAAACAGUA